CCUUGUUUAUCUCUUAUUGAGCAUAGUGUACCCAAUAUUUUACGUUUCGACUGACUGAAACGACGAAGGGUAUCGUCGUUGAGAUACAGCUACAACCAUGGCGAGACUAAAUAACACGCCGUCACCGCGAAAACGCCAGGAACCACGGGUACCACUUGGAGCACAAGCAAAGCCAGAGCGUGAACUAAGCGAAUUCCCAUUGCCAAAGACCACGGGGAGCAGCACGAGCAGGGGCCUGUUUGCUGAAACACGGACGACAAAGAAUAAUGGAGCUACGAAGGGACCAUCUCUCGCAAGAACCCAAUCUCAAAAGAAGAGCAAAUCUUCGAUCGAUUUCCAAAUCUUCCCCGACAGUGAUGCCCUGUUUGACGACGAAGCCGAAGAAACCGAAGAAGAACACAGCACCGCCAGCGAAUCUCAUACCUCCUCACCAACAUUCUCUCCCUCCUCUUCUAUCGGCAGCAUCUCCUCCCACGACAAGACGAAGAACCCGCUAAAGCUCGCGCAUGUGAAUUCGAUGUUACUUCCGAUGCCAUCACCCCCGUCUCCAGUCCGUCAUCGCCGUCAGACCCGGAAGUCAGAAAUACUCGACUACGCGAAGGAGAACGAUCCGGUUGAGCAGCCGGGAGAUGAUGAUCUUGAGGCUGCGUCCUUAUCGAGGAGUUCGUCAGAUGCAUCUUCGCGACGGGAACCAGCACAGAGGAACGCACGCCAGACACUCGGAGGAAGGAAUCGGCAGCGUGAGACCGAAGAAGAAGAAUCUGGGGAUUCUGAGGACAAUGGCUCCGAUUUGGAAGGGUUUAUAGUCAGUGAUGACGAAGAUGUGAGCUUCAACGAUGCAUCGGAGAGCGAAUCAGCGGAAGAAGAAGAAAAGAUCCCUUCACCUCCACCCAAGCCAAGGAGACGGUUGAUGAGAGGCAGACGGCCAGGAUCCAUGGAGGAGUCAAAGCCAGAGCCAGAGCCUGAGCUAAAAGAGCCAAGGAGGAAGUCAUGGAAGGUGCCAAAGGAACAAUCACCCAUCAUGGAAACAAUGCCUUCUUUGGACCCUGGCCCUACGAGCACGCGGCUUUCUCAAGAAAGCUUCAAUAUCAAUGAAGAACUUGACAAUUUGAACCUGGGUGAUAAUGACAUUGAUCCUUCUUCUCAGCUUUUUAAUGACCUGAAUGAUGCUGUGAUAGAGCUGGAAACUCCCCCCAAGAAGCCGGCGUAUGAGCCGCCUAGACCGCAAACACCACCAUCGAGUCCAUCUAAGAACAACCAUCUUCGCUCUCCUACAAAAGACAGAGUCCGCAUACCCCCUACUCCAUUCCGCGAGAGUACCGACGCCUUCUGGAGCCAGGAGACGACCAACGACUGGGUCGACCAGCACUCGCCAAAGAAGCUCGACCAGCUGCUGCGUGAAUUCGAAGACUCAGACGACGAGCGCAACCGUGAGAAAUCAUUCGACAUCGUCCCUCGGAGCCGCAAUGUGAAGGGCAGAGAGCCCAAAUCGCCCAGUAAAACGGCACAGAAGAAAGCCGAAAUCGAGCAAAAGAAAGCCCUCAUAGCGCGCAAGAAGUCCUUCGACGACAAGAAAGCCGGCCUCGCAUACGACUUCCUCAAGGUUCUCGACAAUGCUGUCGCUGGUGGACAGGUCCAAGAGAUGGCCAAGGAAACCGGCGGCGUGAACAUUGCCUGGAGCAAAACCCUUCAGACAACCGCCGGCCGUGCAACCUGGAAAAGAGUCCGCAUAACCGACGACGAUGUCGGUAAACCAACCAAGCACCACGCAACUAUCGAACUAGCGGAACGUAUAAUCGACAGCGAAGACCGGCUGAUCAACACCCUCGCGCACGAGUACUGCCAUCUGACUAACAACAUGAUAUCUAAAGUCUACAACAACCCUCACGGAGCGAGCUUCAAGCAAUGGGGUCUGAAAUGCAAACAGGCCCUACAGGACCACCCCGUCUACGCUGGCCGUAUCGAAGUCACCACCAAGCACAACUACAAGAUCGACUACAAGUACGUCUGGACCUGUGUUGAUUGCGCGCAGAACUACGGACGCCACUCAAAGAGUAUCGACCCGACUAAGUCGCGGUGUGGUCGGUGCCGGGGUAUUCUGCAACAGAUCAAGCCUAAGCCGCGGAAUGUGUCACCGAAGAAGAAGCCGGCCGCUGGUGCUAGUAGUGGCGUUGGAAUUGGCGCUAGUGGUGCUGCUGCUCGUCUUUCGCCGGUUGACACGAAGGCUGUUGAUGAUGUGAUGCAGGUUCUUGGGGGCGUUAGCCUGCAUUGAUGUGGAUUGUUUUUCUUUUGUCAGAUCACUCAUUACAUUACUGUUUAAUAGUCUGUCUUUACAGCGUUGUUUCCUUUUUUUUUUUUUUUUCCAGUUAUGCUCCGAC